AAAAAGAAAAACAAGUUGUAACCGCCCGUUGCUCGCACUUAUGCAGAAACGGAAACUCCGACAGACAGACUCUCUCUACACACAAUUUGCCGUUGGUUGGUCCCGCUCAAUUUAACCACCGAAAUCACAGCUUAGCCCCUCCUCACAUUUCUUGGUAGUGCCUGGGAUGAGAGCUUCAGUUGGACAAGUUUAUAUUUUUCAAACUAAAGAUGGGAAGGGUUAAGUUAAAGAUAAAGAGAUUAGAGAGCACUAGCAACCGCCAAGUGACUUAUUCGAAACGAAGAAAUGGGAUCUUGAAGAAAGCUAGGGAGUUAUCAAUUUUGUGUGACAUAGAUAUAGUCCUUCUCAUGUUUUCUCCGACUGGACGGCCUACAUUAUUUCAUGGACAACGAAGCAAUAUUGAAGAAGUAAUUACAAGAUUUGCUCAAUUAACUCCUCAGGAAAGAGCUAAAAGGAAAUUGGAGAGCCUUGAAGCACUGAAGAAAACAUUUAAGAAGUUGGACCAUGAUGUAAACAUUCAGGACUUUUUGGGGGCAAGCACUCAAACAGUUGAGGAGUUGACUGAUCAAGUCAGACUACUGCAAGCUCAACUUACAAGAGUACACAAGAGAUUGAGCUAUUGGAGUAAUCCUAGCAAUGUUGACAGCGUGGAAUAUCUUAGGCAGAUGGAAGACUCACUGAGAGAAUCAAUUAACAGCAUUAGUCUGCACAAGGAAAAUUUUGGAAAGCGCCAGCUUAUGCCACUGGAUUUUACCAAUCAGAAUGGAAUACAUUUACCUUUGAUGAUGAGUGGUUUACAAGAAUCCCAACCUCUAUCAUGGCUUCCAAAUACUGACAGUCAACAUCUUUUAGUACAAAAUGAGCCAAAUUUCCUCCCUAGAAGUGAUAUGGGGUGCUCAGAAGAUGGCUCCAUCCCAGGCUAUUCUAGUUUCUUGGGCAAUGGUAAAGAAAUAGAGGUUGGCAACUCAGUGCAAGCUGAUAAUAUGGGACAUGGAGGUGGUGCUUUGAAUGAGUUGAGUACUAGUGCAUGCUUGAGUCUACAAGUUGGGGAGCAAUAUGCAUACCCUCCAUAUAGUAGUUUGGAUAUGCCAGAUGAUAAGAAGUUGAAGCGUGAGAUGGAGAUGAACUUGCAAGGACACCCUGCAGUUUAUCAAGUCAAUAGCAACUUUGAACUCCCUAGACCCGUGUAUGGCAAUGGGCAUCAUGAUUGGGUUUCUGCAUCUGGGCCUUGUGGAAUUUCCAUGUUUGAUGAUAACUCAUACCAGCAACCACAAAAUCAACUUUCAUGAGUCAACAUGUUUUUUAACGGAUGAGACGGCUGAUAGCUGCGAAGUUGAUGUGCAUUAGACAUCCGUCGGUAACCAUUAUGUGUGGAGUUUGGCCUGUUACCAGAUGAAGUUUGUGAUAUAAGAAGAGUAACUAAGAGAUGGAUAGAUGGUUUGUUUAAUUUGUGAAGUGUUCAUGUUAGCUGUUUGUAGUAUAUAAAUCAAACAGGUUCACUAGAUCAUCUGUAAAUAUGAAAUCUUUUGUUUCGGCAACAAAGUUUUAUGUAACAGGGAUGGGUUUCUGAUAAUAUACGCAUCAGUCACCCAAGCUGUACAUUAUACUUUGUAGAAAACGAUAGCAAAAUCAUAGUUAUGGUUAAAAUGGGUUUUUCAAGCAGAUGUUUGUAUGUAUUC